CGGCAAAAGCGCAGGCUGGACGCACCGGGAGGGGAGGGUGCCGCGUGCGCCUGAAGACCCGGUUGGACAGCUUGGGCCGGCUCAGGAUGAGGAGGCGCUGGACGACCCUUCGCCGCGCGGCGGAGCUCCUCGUGCUGCUCCUUAGGAGCUUCGGUCUGGCGGAGCCCUCUGGUCGUACAGGUAAUGAUCCAUUCACCAUCGUCAAUGAAAACAUGGGCAAGUGCAUCAAGCCACUGAAUGACUGGAUAGUAGCAACAGACUGUGAUGGAAGUAGGGACAUGUUAUGGAAGUGGGUGUCCCAGCAUCGACUCUUUCAUUUGCAAUCCCAGAAGUGCCUUGGGCUAGAUAUUACCAAACCCACAGAUUCCUUGAGAAUGUUCAGCUGCGACUCCAGGGCCUUACUGUGGUGGAAAUGUGAGCACCACUCUCUGUAUGGAGCUGCCCAGUACAGAUUGGCUCUGAAGAAUGGACAUGCUAUAGCAAGUACAAAUUCAUCUGAUGUGUGGAAGAAAGGAGGCACAGAGGAAAACCUCUGUGACCAGCCUUAUCAUGAGAUCUAUACCAGAAAUGGGAACUCCUAUGGAAGACCUUGUGAAUUUCCAUUCUUAGUUAAUGGGACCUGGCAUCAUGAGUGCAUUUUUGAUGAAAAGUAUGGUGGGUCAUGGUGUGCAACCACUUUAGAUUAUGAAUAUGAUCAAAGGUGGGGCAUCUGCUUACAACCAGAAAACGGCUGUGAAGAUAAUUGGGAAAAGAAUGAGCAGAUUGGAAGUUGCUACCAAUAUAACACUCAGGCAGCUCUUUCUUGGAAGGAAGCUUAUGUUUCGUGUCAGAAUCAAGGAGCUGACUUACUGAGCAUCAGCAGUGCUGCUGAAUUAACUUAUCUUAAAGAAAAAGAAGGCAUUCCAAGAAUUUUCUGGAUUGGCUUAAAUCAACUAUACUCUGCUAGAGGCUGGGAAUGGUCAGACCAUAAGCCAUUAAACUUUCUCAACUGGGACCCAGAUAUGCCUAGCGCACCUGUGAUGAUAGGCGGAUCAAGCUGUGCAAGGAUGGAUGCCAUGUCUGGUCUAUGGCAGAGUUUUUCCUGUGAAGCUCAGUUGCCGUAUGUCUGCAAGAAACCAUUAAAUAACACAGUGGAGACAACAGAUGUUUGGACAUAUUCAGACACACACUGUGAUGCAGGCUGGCUGUCAAAUAAUGGGUUUUGCUAUCUGCUGGUAAAUGAAAGUGAUUCCUGGGAUAAGGCACAUACAAAAUGCAAAGCCUUGAACGGCGAUCUCAUCAGCAUUCAUUCUUUAGCAGAUGUGGAGGUGGUUGUCACAAAACUCCAUAAUGGGGAUGCCGAAGAGGAAAUAUGGAUAGGUCUUAAGAACAAAAAUGUUCCAAGUUUAUUUCAGUGGUCUGAUGGUACCGAAGUUACUCUAACAUAUUGGAGUAAGAAUGAGCCAAAUGUUCCCUACAAUAAGACUCCCAACUGUGUUUCCUAUUUAGGAAAGCUAGGUCAGUGGAAAGUCCAGUCGUGUGAAGAGAAACUUAAAUAUGUAUGUAAGAAAAAGGGAGAACAAAUGAAUGAUACGACAUCUGACAAGAUGUGUCCUCCAGAUGAGGGCUGGAAAAGACAUGGAGAAACCUGUUACAAGAUUUAUAAGGAUGAAGUCCCCUUUGGAACCAACUGCAAUCUGACUAUAACUAGCAGAUUUGAGCAAGAGUACCUGAAUGACAUGAUUAAAAAGUAUACUAAAUCUCCAGGAAAAUACUUCUGGACUGGCCUGAGAGAUAUAGAUUCACAUGGAGAGUAUAGCUGGACAGGUGUUGGGGGAGUAAAGCAAGCUGUCACCUUUUCCAACUGGAAUUUUCUUGAGCCAGCUUCUCAAGGCGGGUGUGUGGCUAUGGCUACUGGAAAGUCUCUUGGAAAGUGGGAGGUGAAAGACUGCAGAAACUUCAGAGCACUUUCAGUUUGCAAGAAAAUAAGUGGGCCCAUUCAGCCUGAAGAAGUAGCUCCCAAGCCUGAAGACCCCUGUCCUGAAGGCUGGCAUAGUUUCCCUUCAAGUCUUUCUUGUUAUAAGCUGUUUCAUAUAGAAAGAGUUGUAAGAAAAAGGAACUGGGAAGAAGCUGAGAGAUUCUGCCAAGCUCUUGGAGGACACCUUCCUAGCUUCACUCAUAUGGAUGAAAUAAAGGAAUUUCUUCACUUUUUAAUGGACCGGUUCAGUGACCAGCGUUGGCUGUGGAUAGGUUUGAAUAAAAGAAGCCCAGAUUUACAAGGAUCCUGGGAGUGGAGUGAUCAUACACCAGUGUCUACUAUUCUUAUGGAAAAUGAGUUUCAGCAGGAUUAUGAUAUCAGAGACUGUGCUGCUGUCAAGGUCAUUCAGAGGCCAUGGCGAAGAAGCUGGCAUUUCUAUGAUGACAGAGAAUUUAUUUACUUAAGACCUUUUGCUUGUGAUACAAAACUUGAAUGGGUAUGCCAGAUUCCAAAAGGCCGUGUUCCAAAAACACCAGACUGGUACAAUCCAGAGCGUGCUGGAAUUCACGGACCUCCAGUUGUAAUUGAAGGGAGUGAAUAUUGGUUUGUUGCUGAUCCUCACUUGAACUAUGAAGAAGCUGUCCUGUACUGUGCUAGCAAUCACAGCUCUCUGGCUACAGUGACAUCUCUUGCAGGGCUAAAAGCCAUCAAAAACAAAAUAGCAAAUAUAUCUGGUGAUGAACAGAAGUGGUGGGUGAGAACAGCGGAGCAGCCAGUAGAUCGUCAUUCUAUGUACUCACGAUACCCAUGGCCUCACUUUCCUAUAACAUUUCGGGAGGAAUGCCUGUGCAUGUCUGCCAAGACUUGGUUUAGCGACUUAAAUAAACCGACAGACUGUGGUACCAAGUUGCCCUUCAUCUGUGAAAAAUAUAAUGUCUCUUCAUUAGAAAAAUACAGUCCAGAUUCUGCAGCUAAAAUACAGUGCUCUGGGGAUUGGAUUACUUUUCAGAAUAAGUGUUUUCUAAAAGUCAAACCAAAGUCUCUCACAUUUUCCCAAGCGAGUGAUACUUGUCAUACCUAUGGUGGUACCCUUCCUUCAGUGCUGAGCCAGAGAGAGCAAGAUUUUAUUACAUCCUUGCUUCCAGAAAUGGAAGCUACUUUAUGGAUUGGUUUGCGCUGGACCGCCUAUGAAAAGAUAAGCAAAUGGACAGAUAACCGAGAGCUGACAUACAGUAACUUUCACCCAUUAUUAGUUGGUGGGAGGCUGCAAAUACCAACACAUAUUUUUGAGGAAGAGUCCCAAUACCACUGUGCACUAAUACUCAACCUCCAAAAGUCACCUUAUACUGGGACAUGGAAUGUUACUUCCUGCAGUGAACACCACACUCUGUCUCUCUGUCAGAAAUAUUCAGAAGUUGAAAGCAAACAGACCUUGCAGAACACUUCAGACACAGUGAAGUAUCUAAAUAAUCUGUACAAAAUCAUCCUGAAGCCUAUGACUUGGUUUGAUGCUCUAAGGGAGUGUCAGAAGGAUAACAUGCAGCUGGUGAGCAUCACAGACCCUUACCAGCAGGCGUUCCUAACUGUGCAGGGCGUUCUUCAUAACUCCUCUCUAUGGAUUGGACUCUCCAGUCAAGACGAUGAACUCAACUUCGGCUGGUCAGAUAGAAAACAUCUUCCAUUUAGUCGCUGGGCUGAAAAUAAUGAGCAACUUGAAGACUGUGUAAUAUUAGACACUGAUGGAUUCUGGAAAACAUCUGAUUGUGAUCAUAUGCAACCAGGAGCUAUUUGUUACUAUCCAGGAAAUGAGACUGAAAAAGAGGUCAGAACAGUUGAGAGUGUUCAGUGUCCAUCUCCUGUUUUAUUUACUCCAUGGAUACCAUUUCAGAACUCUUGCUACAAUUUCAUAAUAGCAAAGACUGAAUAUACUGCAACACCAAGUGAAAUUCAUUCUAAAUGCCAGAAAUUGAAUCCAAAAUCACAUGUUCUGAGUAUUCAAGAUGAAAAAGAGAAUAACUUUGUUCUUGAGCAACUUCUGCACUACAAUAAUAUGGCUUCAUGGGUUGUGUUAAGUAUAACUUAUGAAAAUAAUUCUCUUCUGUGGUCUGAUAAGACCACGCUGUCAUACACAAAUUGGAGAAGAGGAAGACCAGAUAUAAAAAAUGACAAGUUUUUUGCUGGUUUGAGUACUGAUGGCUUCUGGGAUAUUCAAACCUUCAAUGUUAUUGAAGAAAUACUUCACUAUACCCAGAACAGCAUUCUUGCUUGUAAAAUUGAAAUGAUUGACUACAAGGAAGAAUAUAAUGCUACUCUGCCACAGUUUAUUCCUUAUGAAGAUGGUAUUUAUAAUGUAAUUCAAAAAAGGGUAACAUGGUAUGAAGCAUUAAACAUGUGUUCUCAAAGUGGAGGUUAUUUGGCAAGUGUUCAUGACCAAAAUGGCCAGCUCUUUCUGGAAGACAUCGUAAAACGUGACGGAUUUCCACUAUGGGUUGGGCUCUCAAGUCACGAUGGAAAUGAAUCAAGUUUUGAAUGGUCUGAUGGCAGUACAUUUGACUACAUCCCAUGGAAAGAUAAACAAUCUGCUGGAAAUUGUGUUGUCUUGGAUCCAAAAGGAAUUUGGAGACAUGAAAAAUGCAAGUCUGUUAAUGAUGGUGCUAUUUGUUAUAAACCUACAAAAUCUAAAGAGGUAUCCUCUCAUACAUACUCUUCAAGAUGUCCAACAUUAAAAGGGAAUGAGUCACAGUGGAUCCAGUACAAGGAGCACUGCUAUGCAUCUGACCGGGCAUUGCACAAUUUCUCAGAAGCCAAACAGUUCUGUUCAAAACUUGAUCAUUCUGCAACUAUCGUUACCAUAGAGGAUGAAGAUGAGAAUAAAUUCGUGAGCAGACUGAUGAGGGAAAAUAAUAAUAUUACCAUGAGAGUUUGGCUUGGAUUAUCUCAAUAUUCUGCUGAUCAGUCUUGGAAUUGGUUAGAUGGAUCAAAAGUGACAUUUGUCAAAUGGGCAAAUAAAAGUAAGAGUGGUGGUGGAAAAUGUAGCAUUUUGUUAGCUUCAAAUGAAACUUGGGUAAAAGUUGAAUGUUCACAUGGCUACGGAAGAGUUGUCUGCAAAGUUCCUCUGGACUGUCCUUCAUCUGCCUGGGUUCAGUUCCAAGACAGUUGUUACGUUUUUCUUAAAGAAGCCAUCAAAGUAGAAAGCAUAGAGGACGUCAGAAAUCAGUGUACUGACCAUGGAGCAGACAUGGUAAGCAUACAUAAUGAAGAAGAAAAUGCUUUUAUACUGGAUACUUUGAAAAAGCAAUGGAAGGGUCCAGACAAUAUCCUACUAGGCAUGUUUUUUGACACAGAUGAUGCAAGUUUCAAGUGGUUUGAUAAGUCAAAUAUGACAUUUGAUAAGUGGACAGACCAAGAAGAUGGUGAAGACCUAGUUGACACCUGUGCCUUUUUGCACACCAAGACGGGUGAAUGGAAAAAAGGAAAUUGUGAAAUUUCUUCUAUGGGAGGAACCCUUUGUAAAGCAGCUAUCCCCUAUGAAAAGAAAUAUUUAUCAGAUAACCACAUUUUAAUAUCAGCUUUGGUGAUUGCUAGCACAGUAAUUUUAACAGUUUUGGGAGCAAUCGUUUGGUUCCUGUACAAAAGAAAUUCGGAUGCCGGUUUCACCACAGUUUUUUCAACUGCACCCCAAUCACCUUAUAAUGACGACUGUGUUUUGGUAGUUGCAGAAGAAAACGAGUAUGCUGUUCAAUUUGACUAAGAUUUUGGAAAUCUCAGAUUAAGACAUCAAAUACUUUGACAGUGAUUCCUGUGCAGGACUUUAAUGUAAAACUUGACAAUGAAAAAUUAGUUUUUAUGGUGUAUUUCCUUAUUCCAGUAGCAUUCAUUGUUCUCAUGUAAUCGCUGUGACAAAAAUUGAUCUUCAGGUUCUUCUAAGAACAAAAUUUUUAAAAAAUUAUCAUAGAUAUAAUUUAGUAGUUUUAACCACUUCCUUAAAAUGCACCUUUCACUUGAAGAAGUUUAAAUAAAGGCCAAAGUAGUAAAACAGAUAAAAACCCAGUCUACUCCUCUAUCUUCCCUCCCAUUUAGUUGAACCACCAUAGGUUACAGUUGAAUUAAAAAACAAAAACUACGUACUGCUGUAGUUUUACCAAUCACCAGGUUUUUACCAAUUUCUAGGUCUUGCUCCUUUAUUAAUAAGCAAGAUACGGGAAAUAAAAGACUGUUAAAUAGAUCCUGUACAUUCAGAUGUCACACAUGCCAUUUACUAUCGCAGUUAAUUCUUUUAAUAUUUUUAUCUUCCUUUUUGAGUUAAAUGUAGAAAAUACUGUAGAUUUUAAGGAGCCCCUAUUCCACAUAACUUUCCAGUUUCAUCACUUUUAGAUCACUUUGGACCAGAAACAGUAUUUAGCACUGAUCACAAAUGGUUAUAAUUUCAAUGAAAUACAUUUUUUGAAUCAAUAAGAUUACAGCCACACUAGGAAGAUGUGGAGGAGGCUGGCAGUGAGGCUAACAUUUUCACCAGAGAGCCCGUUUAAGGACUUUCUCCUACUACAAUAACUGUUCCUACACAAGGUGUAUUAUGCUCUCCACUACUAUGAACUAGCCAUUCAAUGACAUGAAAACUAUGUAAGCAAAAACUGUAGAAAAACACUACAUACUACUGCAGUGGUGAUGCUCAAAGUCUUCAGUAAAAUGUACGUCUUAAGAAAAAGGUGAAAAGAGUAAAUCAUUUUGGGGAUAAAAAAUGAAAAUGAAGCUGAAGCAAGAGUGAUUUUCCUUAGUAUCCUUUACAGCUUAAGAAUUUAAAAAGAUAAAAAAUAUACAGAGUUCACAUAAAAUCAGAUUUAUUGUAUUUGUAAAUUUGAAAGCUCAAAGUCGUCAUCUCUCUCCCUAACCCACAUGCCACCAGUUAUGGGGAAUACUUUGGGGAGAUACACUCUCAUGCCUGACCAACGGCAACGAAGUCCCAGCUUGUGCCAUCUGUUUCCACUGGCACUAUGAAUAACAUCCUUCAUCACAACUUAUGGCACUAUUGUUUACUGACACAGGAAAAACGAAGUGAUGACAGGACUGGUACUAAACAAGCAGAUGUUACACUAGUUGUAGUACACAAAACAAUUACAAUUAUAAGAGCUUUAAAUUUCUGAGAUCUUGGAUAUUGUCUUAUUUUAUUAUUGAUAAGCUAUUAAGAGUGGUACAAAUGGUGAACAGACAAUUCCAGUCCUACUUUUUCUAUGCAAGUUCUACCAGUCCUUUAAGAACUGGGAGUGAUCUUAACUCUUCCUUAAUAGUCAAAUUCCUCUAAUAGUCAAAUUUCUACAAUGCCCAAUAUGGCAGCAACAGGCUACAUGUGGCUAUUUAAAUAAAUAUAAUGUUUAAGUGUUGUUCCCUAGUAGCACUAGGCACACUUUAAAUGCUCAAAACACAUGUAGUUACUGUAGCUACCGUACUGGGCAAAACAAAUUAUAGAACAUUUCUAUUAUUACCAAGUUUUAUCGGACAGUGCUGCUCUAGAAUCUCCUCUUCCUACUUAACUCCCAUAGGACUGAUUUUCUUCUGUUCAUUUUGGUAACUUCUACCCAGUGGCAGCUCUUCCAAAAUGGCCUUUUUAACCUGAUUUCCAUAUUUUAUUUCAUCUUUCAAGUAAGUUCUUAGAGAUCCCUGGUAUUGAAGUGUUAAAUCUUAAUUUUCUUCAUAUAUCAGAACAUCUGUUAAUAGGCCCUUGUAUCUAUUCCGUGGUCAACAGCUAACUGGAUCAUUCAAAUCUGUAUUUUUCACAUUAAGAAUAACAUAAAUGUGCUUGUUUAUAUUCAAAAUGUAUAAACGGCUUUUCUGAACAUCUUGGUUCUAGCUAAUAAGGACAAUAUAAAUUCUUACAUUUGGCAAGUAUCUAGAGAAUAUUACUUUUAACUUCAUUUUCCUAGGAAUUUGCAUUCUUGUAGUGAAUGGGAUAUGGUCUCUGUUUAGGGUUUAAAAGUAAUAACCAAUGAAAAGACUUUCCUUAUUUCCUUAUUCCCUCUAAUUCACACUUACUAGAAGCUUUUACAAUACUGAAAUAUGAAAUAGUGGUAUUAAGGAACGACAAGAAUAUUAUAAAAGCUCAAGCCACUGUGUAUCUCUGUCAAUACAAAACUAUAAACUGCAUGCCAAUGGAAUGUUUUCUACUAAAUUUUUUAAAUAAAAAGUUUUGUGGGUUAAGAAGAUA